AUGGAAAGGGCUCCGGAGCGCACCCCCGAGGGCACCUCGCCGCGCACAUUGACCCCCAACCACCAGCGACCCAAAAGGACAUACCAGGGAUGCUCGCGUAUAGCAGAUUAUGAGCUUCAGGGCAAGCUGGGAGAGGGAACAUUUGGUGAGGUUCACCGUGCCCGCUCACGAAAGACGGGCGCCCUAGUUGCCCUGAAGAAGAUUAUUAUGCAUCACGAGAAGGACGGCUUCCCCAUCACCGCCCUACGCGAGAUCAAGCUUCUCAAGCUCCUGUGCCACGAGAAUGUUGUCGGCCUAGAAGACAUGGCCGUCGAACACCCCACCAAGCAAGCCGACAAACGCAAGAAGCCCAUAAUGUACAUGGUCAUGCCUUAUAUGAAUCACGAUCUGUCCGGCCUGCUCGAUAACCCGUCGGUCCACUUCAAAGAGCCCCAGAUCAAGUGCUACAUGCUGCAGCUCCUGCGUGGGCUGCGCUAUCUCCACGAGAACCACAUCCUCCACCGCGACAUGAAGGCCGCCAACCUCCUCAUCAACAACCAGGGGAUCCUGCAGAUUGCCGACUUUGGCCUGGCGAGGCACUACGACGGCCCGGUCCCUGUUCCCGGCCAGCCCAUGGGCGAAGGCCGGAGAGACUACACCGGAUUGGUCGUCACCAGGUGGUACCGGCCUCCGGAGCUGCUCCUCCAGCUCAGGCAGUACACGACGGCCAUUGACGUCUGGGGUGUUGGCUGCAUCUUUGGUGAGAUGUUGGUCGGCAAGCCCAUCCUGUCGGGCGAGAGCGACCCGCACCAGCUAGAGCUCAUCUGGGACCUGAUGGGCUCGCCGAGCGACGACAACAUGCCCGGAUGGAGGCUCCUGCCGGGCGGUCACCAUCUGACACCGCGCCCUCGCCCGGGCAACCUACAAAGCCGCUUCAGAGAUUACGGACAAGGGGUGAUAAGCUUGCUCAAGGAGCUCCUGAAGCUGGAUUGGAAGACGCGGAUCAAUGCCGCCGACGCCAUCGAGCACCCGUACUUUAAGAUGUCACCGCUGCCGCUGCGCCCAAGCGAUAUCCCGACGUUUGAGGAGAGCCACGAGCUGGACCGCAGAAAGUUCCACGACCGCAAAGCCAAUCUUCCGCCGGCACCCAAGGGAGGCACCGUCGGCAUCGGCCCGGACGCCAAUGGGGCAACGGCGGGCUUCAACAGCAGCGACCCGUACGGUAGGAGCGGCGCCAACGGAGGGCGUGUACGCGAUGACCGGCGACCGGCGUGGCAGCGGGAGCGCGAUGACCGUCCCAGGGACGACAGACGACCCGUGCGACCGCCCCCGAGGGACGAGCGGUGGCAGGACCGGCUGACGCGUAGCCGAAGCCGAUCGCCCAAUCACGACAGGACGCGCGAACGAGAUAGGGAGAGGGAGCGUACUGAGAUGUACAGACGUUGA